AUGGAGUGGCUGUGCCCCGCCGCCUGCCUCGGGCUACUCCUGCCGCUGCUGCUGCUGCUGUUGAUUUCUCGCCUCCGGAGGUGUCGGCUGCCAGGUGAACCGCCACUUGAUAAAGGCCUUGUUCCAUGGCUUGGGCACGCUCUGGAAUUUAGCAGAGAUGCUGCCAAGUUCCUCUCUGCAAUGAAGCAGAAGCAUGGGGAUAUUUUCACAAUUAAAGCUGCAGGGAAAUUCAUCACGUUCUUAUUGGACCCCCGUUCCUACGAUGCAGUGCUUUGGGAAUCCCGCUGCAAGCUAGACUUUGGUCAAUAUGCACGCCUCUUAAUGGACCGAAUGUUUGAUGUCCAACUGCCGGAUUAUGACCCUAAUGCAGAGAAAGUCAUGCUUAGAGCGACUCUGCAAAGCAAAAACCUUCCCUCUCUAACAAAGGCAAUGUUCUUCAAUUUACAAACCAUUCUGCUUUCUGACCCAAGUAAGCCCAGUCGGCAAUGGAAGGAAGGAGGUCUCUUUCAUCUUGCCUACAGUACGAUGUUCAGAGCUGGAUACCUGACACUGUAUGGUAACGAAAGCAAGAAUUACGAAGAUGCCUCCGGUCAAGCUCAAGACUUGGCGCAUUCCCUGGAAGUCUAUAAUGAGUUUUAUAAACUGGACCGUCUUUUGAUGAAAGCUGCUCGGUCCAUGUUGAAUGCAGCGGAAAAGAAGGAAUUUGGCAGCACCAAGAAGAAUCUCUGGAAGUUACUGUCUGUGAGAAGCUUGAACCACAGAGCGAACAGAAGUGCUUGGCUGGAGAGUUAUCAACGGCAUUUGGUCGACCUAGGAGUGGGCGAAGACAUGCAAACGAGAGCAAUGCUCUUACAGCUCUGGAGUACGCAGAGCAAUGCAGGACCUGCCGUUUUUUGGCUUCUCCUGUUCCUUUUGAAACACCCCUUGGCCAGGGCAGCUGUUCAAGGCGAAGUGGAGGGAAUAUUUCGAACCAGAAGACAAACAAUUGGACAAAUGCAGAUGACCAGCCAAGAGGUUUUGGACAACACACCAAUUUUUGACAGCGUAUUGAAUGAAACACUGCGUUUGACAGCCGCUCCUUUUAUCAGCAGAGAAGUCCUUCAAGACAUGCCUCUGAGAUUGGCAAGCGGCAGAGAGUACAUCCUGAGAAAGGGAGAUAGACUUUGCCUCUUUCCGUUCAUAAGCCCUCAGAUGGACUCUGAAAUCUAUGAGGAACCAGAGAAAUUCAAAUAUGACAGAUUCCUCAAUUCAGAUGGUACAGAAAAAACAGAUUUCUACAAAGAAGGGGAAAAGCUCAAGUACUACAACAUGCCCUGGGGAGCAGGAAUAAAUAUCUGUAUCGGAAAGUUCUAUGCAGUCAAUAGCAUCAAACAGUGUGUUUUCCUCCUCUUAAGCCAUUUUGAUUUGGAGCUAAAAGAUCCUGAUGCAAAGAUCCCAGACUUCGACAAGGAAAGAUACGGUUUUGGAAUGCUGCAGCCAGAAAACGAUAUCACCAUUCGAUACAAACUGAAAGAUCAAUGAACUGAUUCCCUUAUUUUUCUCAUAACUGAGUUAUUUGGGGUAUCCCUUUGUGUUUGGCAAGAAAACAGAUGCUGCUUGGUUUCAGUUGAAAUAUAUGUAUUAAAUAGCUAUGGGAAGGUUUACAUAUUACAGCCACAGGGAGGAAGUUUUCAGUUGAUUUGUGAGGUUCAUGUCCAGAGGUUGACCGGAUGAUUUUCAUUCUUGUACUGCAAACCAAUCUUUUUGGACAUUUGCACUAGUGUGAGGUGUGGGGGGUGGGGUGUUGAUUUAGCCCAGUACAUUUUUUGUGAAAAAAGGAAAAGGUGCCAGUACUUGUAUUUAACAUUGUGCCAAUUUCCACCAAUUCCCCUCUUCUUCUGCAGAUGCCAACUAAAUUGUUGCUGAAGGUCCACUCUCUCUCGUUCUCUGGCUGAGUGGGGUGGGCCAGUACACUUGAGAAAGCCCCUACUUCACCCCCAAAAGUGCUGGUACUCCAUAUUGGUGAGUACCAUCAUGAAAAAGGCUUAAUUUAGCCACACAAACAAUUCCUCCAUGUGGUAGAAUCCACGACAGGAAGUGGACAUGUAUAGAGGCCUCUGGUUAUUGGAAGCAUGUUGUGAAAAUUAUAUCAAUUGGAUUGGAAAAACAAAUCCCCCACAAACCAGAGACACUGUUGCUGAAUUAUUUACCUGAUUUAUCUAGAGAUCAGCAAAUGGUUGCCUUACACAUGAUUACUGCUGCGAGGCUGAUUUUUGCCAGGCAAUGGACAAGAUUGGUUGUUGAAAAUAAAGAUCUACAUUUUAGUGAAAUUGACCAUUUAUCAAAAAAUAGAGAUAUUUAUGGAGUAGAUCUUUUAUGGUCAAAAGCAAUAGAAAGACUGGAACUGGCAAUUGUAUAUUUGGAAAUAAUGUCGAUAUUGUCAGUUGUUGAGGAAGGGUCCUAUAUGUCCAUGGAGGCAGGAGGGAAGGAGAUUUAGAUUGGCAAUGUAUCUUAUAAAUAUUUUGUUUUUGUUUAUUUUUUGUAUAUUUCUGUAACCUUUUUAUUUAGAUAUAUGUAUUUUAAAACAAAAGAAAGGAAUCCACCACAGGAGAACAUUUAAAAUGACCACCACAUGCCAAGUAAACAGGCCUUAAAGUCAGUCAGUCAGUACCUUUAUUGGCAUAAACAGGCCUUAAAAUGUCCAUAAAUAACUUAGCAAAAAAAUGAUUGUUAAAUUAACUAGCCCAAAUAAAAGAUUCCCUUAUCAAGUUAAGCAGAAUCGGUGAAGUUGCUGUUUAAGCUAGGCUUUCUUCACAACAGGCCCAGGUUGCCCCAGACAGUAGGCCGGAAGAUUUAGUGAAGUUCAAAUGGAUAGGCCGAGGGAUAAGUUUGUUCUGUGCUUUUGUUCUGCCCGUCUUCUGCAGAUCCUUUAUGCCCUGUUCCCAUCUCCAGUUUAUCAAAAGCUGUAAUGAUAUUAUAUAUAUUUAUUUAGGAGCCUUCAAUGGGACUUGUUUCUGUAAAACAGGCUUGUGGGCAGCCAGUGUGUCGACACUGUCUGCUUUAGUCCCUGUAGAACUUCAAAACAUUAUUCCAUCAUUUUUCAAUUAGAAAUAAAAAUCUAAAUGCACUUAAGUCACCUUAAAAAAAAGACAGAUGCACUUUUCUAUUUGAGUCCUAUUAUUUUAACAAAGCUAACAAUAAGCAAGUAUACUUUAAUCUCAACACAAAUUAUAAUCAAUUCUAUGAAAAACUUUCCAGUUCUUAUUACUGUCAGUAUAAAGUUCUUUUCAACACCAAGUGGAAAGAAGCAGCCUGCUGGGAUCCCUGCUACAGUUGCUUGCAACAUUUGCACACUACAAAUCCUUUAUAAAACAGGCAUUGCAUUAAAAACAAAGCCCUGGUUUACCUACCAUAUCUGUACUCAAUCAUUCUCCUUCAUGCCCUUUAACCAAAGAGAACUGGCCAUCUGGAAACGUUUCAUUGAAGGAGAGAGUAAUGCCAUAUACUUUUUUUAAAAUAACUUUUUAUUUCUCAAUGUUUUGGUAUAACAAUAAUAUAACAAUAAUCAACAAUAAUACAGUGGUAACAAGAUUCCAAACAUUUUAAACUAGAUUAAUGAGUCAAGUAAAGAAUAUUUUUACAGGUGUUAACAAUCAAUGUCUACGUAUUUCUUCGGUACAGCAUAAGCUUCAAUAAUAUGCGCUGUGACAUGGUUUAAGAAAGGAAGCUAUCUUUCCAUAAAGAAUGAAUGGUAAUUAGAUUUCUCAGAAGAAGCUAUUUGGUCUGUUAUUUUAUCAGAAAUUAAAAGAUCCCAGAUCUUUGAUAUCCAUUGUGGGCAUACCGUCACUUUUCCAUUUUUGAGCUAUAGUCAUCUUAUAAAAAAUGAAAUUUAGGUAGUAUUAUUGAUUUGAUUAGUUCUGUUUUUUCUAGCCAAUUCAAUUGUAUCUUUGAUCAGUCCUUCAGUGUGCUCUGUACGUAUGAGCUAAGAGGUUUAAAGCUGACAUCAAACCAUUCUGUCAAAUUAAAAGGGAUGUUUAUUCCCAGGUGUCGCCAAGAUUUGCCUACCCAUUUGAAUUUGUAGGAGUCCAAUAGCUAUUGUUUUGUUGGUUUGAUUCAUAUAGGGUAUAUUUCCGAUUUAGUAUAGUUUAUGCCAUCUACUUUGAAGGAGGUGGUCAUAAAACCUCUUCUGAAACAGAUAUGCCUGGACCCAAAUUUUUGUAACAUAUACUGGCCUCCAUUUAACCACUGCACUAAGCAAAGUGUGAAGACUUCCUCCAAUUUAAGUGGCUCUUCUACUGGCACAAAGUAAGGUUCUUGAACUGGUAGUGGCCAACCAGCUCCAGUUAUUUCUUCUAUGAGGCAGACUGGUAGUGGAGAGUGGCGUAAAGUGACAGAUGACUCAUGGUGACCUUCUGCUGGGGUUUUCAACGCAAGAGGCUAAAAGGUGGUUUGCCAUUGCCUGGCUAUGCAUAGUGAUCCUGGUCUUCCUUGGAGGUCUCCCAUCCAAUUACUAACCAAAACUGACCCUGCGUAGCUUCUGAGAUCUGAUGAGAUCAGGCUUCCCUGGGCUAUCCAGAUUAGGGCUAUGAGAUAAACUCAUUUUAAUCCUACUUCAGGACUAGUUUUGGAGCAAACCUGGUCUUAAUGGCCCUGAGAUGGGCACGAACCAAAAUAUGAACCAAAGUUUGUGACGAACCGAGCUGGUUCGUGAUUUGCGAACUGGCGGUCCAUCAGAGCCCAUUUCUGAUGAACUUUUUUUGGUUCAUCGCUGCAGACAGCCUGGCGCCAAUCAAUCAGUUUCCUAGGCAACAGGGGAUGGACUUCCUGCAGACCUUCUGCUGACCCGGAAGUGGCCUUUUGCUGACCCGGAAGUGGCCUUUUGCUGACCUGGGUGUGCCAUUUUCAUGAACCAAACAAAGUUUGUGAUUUGUGAAAUGCGAUGAACCGCAGACCGCAUGGUUCAUUUUUUUUCUGGUUUGUGCUCAUCUCUAGUCCUGAGGGAUUGGCAGGGGGACACUAUUCAUUCUUCUGGAUUGGUUAAGCUAGAUAAGUAAAGGGGACACUAAGCUCAGGUGAUUACAUCCUAUUGGGAAAUGGUGCUAAGUAUCACUGGUACCUGUGCUAUCGGUCCACAGGGUUCUGUGCUUUUGAAUACCUUCAUGAAACCUCUGAGAGAGGUCAUUUGGGGACGUGAAAUGAGAUUUUACCAGUAUGUUGAGGACACCCAGUUUCAUUCUGUUUUUUGACCACAUCAGGUGGGACAGUAGAUGUUAUAAACGAGAUCUGGGAGACAGUUAUAAGAACAAAAUGAUCUUAGCUGAUAAUGGUGUCAACCAGGGAGUGAGAAGGCAAUCUCUUCUGGAUGAAUUGGCACAAUACUUCUUUUAAUGGUGCAAGUUGAUAUUUUGAGGAUAUGAGAUCCAGGCCUAUCCAUGAGAGCUCUGGCUUCUACUCUGGCUUGUAGCAUCUUUAGCCAGUUUGGGUUGGAUUAGCACCUACAGUUUUUCUUUGAGAGGCAUGAUUUGCCCACACUCUGAUCACAUCCAAAUUUAGACUACAGUAUAAAGUAGGUCUGACUUUGGUGACAGCCCUGAAGCUGCAACUGGUACAAAAUGUAGCUGUGAAAUUGUUGACUGGUAUAUAUACUUUAUAUCUCACCAGUUUUAAGAAUGCUACAAUACCUGUCUGUCAACCUCUGGGCCCAAUCUUUUUUUUUAACAUUCAGUUUAUAUACCACCCUUCAGGACAACUUAACACCCACUCAGAGCAGUUUACAAAGUGUGUUGUUAUUAUUAUCUGAAGUGCUGGCUAUCCUGGAGAGCUCUAAAUAGCCUGACCAGGGAUAUAAAAGACUGCUUUGUCUCUCAUUGACCCCAAGGGAUAGGACUAUUUUUUGAGGUCGCUCCUUGACUCCAAAAUACUCUGUCUGCAAAUAUUCACCUGAUGCAGAGUCUGUUGGAAUUUCGACAUCAGAAAAAAGAUUUCCUUUUUACUGAAACCUAUUGCUCCCCACGGAAAACAUGGCUCUUUUGCAUGAAUGCUGUCUAAUUGGAAUAAUAUGUUAAUUGCCCUCUUUAUUUAUUGCUGCUUUUAACUGUAUUUAUUGUUGUUUUAAUUGCUUUGUGAAUUAUUUUACCCUAUCUGUUUUAAUAUGACUAGCUUAUUAUUAAUAAUGCUGCUGGUUUUUGCUACUGGUUUUCUAUGUAUUUUGUUAUUCAAGGUUCAGAUUUUUAAAAAUUCUAUUGUAUAGGAUAAUGGUCUCUUGGUAAGCCAUCUUGAGAAUCUUUGAUUAAGAAAGCGGGAUGAAAAUAUUUUCAUUCAACAAAUAAAUACUUCAACUAUUCCGA